GACUCUGGAAGAUCCAUAAUGCUGAUUUUGCUGCUCUUCGGAGAAGAAGAAUAUGCACUAUGUAUCUUCCAGAGCCGGUGACGGUGAUGUUUUUGAAAGACUAAGGAUCAGAGACAUCGCGAAACUGAGAUCUGUGUGCAGAGAAUGGAAAUCGCUCUUGGAGUCUUCCUAUUUCCGUGAUCUCUACCGAACCAUAAAUCACAGGAACUUGUCCUCUCCGUGGUCAAUCUUGUACAGAGACCAAUAUUCUAAUACUCCUUUGGAAUUCUUCUACGAGAAAUGGGGUUUAAAGCAGUCACUAGGUUCUUGCGUCUCACGUUUUCUUCACGAGGUGAAAGCAGCUAACAAUAACAAACGAAUGGGUGCCUUGUCCCUCACGGAUGGAUUGAUUUUGCUAGGUGUUUCGACCAAUUCUGGACCUAAUAUGUUCUGUGUUGCUAAUCCCGUGUUGCGACAAUGGAUAAAAAUCCCUCAACCUCCUUCUUGUUCAUCUGUCGACGGUUUCCUAGGCGCAGGCCUUGUAACAGAUAUGAACAACGGUGAUCUCUUGGGUUAUAAGGUAGUUCGGUAUGGACUCUCAGGGAUUUGUAGCGAAUGGUGUAGCCUUUUCUUUCAGAUCUAUUCGUCCGAUUCGGGCUAUUGGACUUACCACUACGUCUCUACUGAGCGUUCCAUCGAAAAGCGCCUCCCAUCAAAUCCCAUUAGUUUUAAUGGUUAUCUUCAUUGGCUAUGCCGUGCAACUCAAGUCAUCUUUGCUUAUGAUUUCUAUGCUCCUACCGAAUUUUGUCGUAUCAUCGAUUUACCUCAGGGCUCGGCUAAGACCCCAGUGAAAGCUGAUGAAGAGACUCUCACUAUCUCAUGUGGCUCGCUCAUGUAUAUGAACAUUGAUACUGGAAGACCAAACCAGCAACUCAAGAUUUGGAGGCUCAAGAACUAUAUGAGUGACUCUUCUAAAGAAUCUUGGGAAUUGUUGUGGAACCUCAUGCCUGGUAUUGAUCUCGGCCUCGCAACUGUUCCAGUCGCAAUGCAUCCUUUUGAUAAAGAGAUUGUUUACCUGGUCACCCGCAAAACUAGAUAUUCCCGGAAACAUGCCUAUCUUGUUUCAGGUAACCUUGGCACAAAAAAGUUCCAAAUCCACAAAGGUUGGAAGCAAAGACACAGGGAAUUCGGAGACUAUCAAUCUCAUAUGUUUCAUCAGUUCGUGCUUCCACAAAGACUCGGCUCUUUUCCUUGUCCACCUGGCUGCACUCUUGUCACACUUCCUGACCCACACUAGUUUUGUCAUAUAAUUUCAUAGUUUCAUUUGAUCUUGUUCUUAAAUUAAAGAUUUUUGAGUUUG